UUACAUUUUAUCAUUUGAAAAACGUUCUUGUUUAGAGAGAAAGUUUCUAAUUCUAACUAGUUUUAUACGAGAAACUUUCUGUUGGUGUUUAAAUCUGUCAAAUGUUUCUGUGAAAUAGGGAUUUUAGCACGGCGGCCAUAUUGGAUGCUAAACUGGGGAACGAAUUCAACAGCAGGCUCUUUGGGAACUACAUUUCCCACAAUGCCCUGCUGCUGAGCGAGGUCACGUGGGUCGCAGACGCCGGUGUCAGCAGAGUUUGUUUGACAGCAGCGAACAGCGGAUUUAAAGUUUCGUGGUGAUUUUCCUGCUCCUCGCUGCUCCUGGACCGAACCUCAGGUCAGUUUGUUAGCGAACCGGAACCUUGAGGGUAAAGUUCUAGUUUCGGCGUCAAUUUUAAAUGGAAGCGUGUUCUUAAAGGAGAAAUUAACUGUUUCCAAUGCCGAAUGGCUCCGUCUACUUGCUGGGAAUCAGUGGGAGAGACAGCCAGAGUGAGAGAAAGUUAAAGUUGUUAAAGUGUUUUUUUGUAGUCAUUAGUGAAACUGCUGCUGGUCGUCAGUGUAGUUCAUUCUGAGCUGCUUUUAUUCCAGUUUUGCUCUAAGUUAGGCGCUUUUCUGCGGCUCCGCUCCAGGCGGUAGUCGGCCAUGACUCCGCCGCCGCUGUCCCUUGGAGGAAGAGGAAGAGGAAGGAGCUGAUGAUGAGGAGGGUGAUGAUGACAUGCAGUUAGCUGGCUGCCCGGCUGGCAGGCGGACGGACCGGAGCGGGACCCGGGCGGAGAGGCUCCAGCAUGCCGCGGAGGAAGCAGUCCCACCCGCAGCCGCUCAAAGUCGGGUCCGACCCGAGCGGCUCUGUUCUGGAGAGCGACUUCCUGUUGAGCGGAGACGGAGGGGCUGGUUGGACGGUGGGAGGUUUCCAUGGCGACAGGAGCUCCUCUCUGGAGCCCGCAGCACCAGCAGCCUCCGCCGUGCCGACCCUGCUGUGCUGCAAGGCCUGCGGACUGAGCCUGGGUGUGGGUCUGGCUCUGGGGGCGGAGUUUUACUGUCUCACCUGUGAGCAGCGGAGCUCCGCCCCCCGAGCCGUCAGGGGGAGCGGCGCCCCCUGCAGGCUGUUCUCCUGCUCGCUGUGCGCCUUCACCUCGCGUUACUCCAACCACUUGAAGCGUCACAUGACCGUCCACGACGGCCGCAAGCCGCACCGCUGCCCCGUCUGCCCCUACGCCUCGGCGCAGCUCGUCAACCUGCAGCGCCACCUGCGCACCCACACAGGGGAGAAACCCUACGGCUGCGCCCAGUGCAGCUACGCCUGCAGCUCCUUGGGCAACCUGCGGAGGCACCAGCGCAUGCACGCACAGGCGGAGCAGAGGAAACCCAAGAGGAGGACGAAGGGCGGAGAAGAGCUGCCACUGGGGGCGUCGGAGGACCGCUCCUACCUGCAGCCAGCAGGGGGCGCUGGUGCUAGCUCUGUCUCUGGCUCCGCCCCCGUCCUGCUGUGCACCCUGACCCUGGAGGGGGGGCCAGAGGCCCAACCUGGACAGGUUCUCCCUGCUGGGGCCCGGCGGCGGCCCAGGGCGGCCCCCCGGCGCCCCUUGCCGCCCCGUCGCCCCGCCCCGGAGAAACCCCACGGCUGCCCGCACUGCGCCUACGCCUCCUCCCACCUGGACAACCUGCGGCGCCACCUGCGGGUUCACACGGGCGAGAAGCCGUUCCGCUGCGCGUCCUGCAGCUACGCCUCCUCCCACCUGGACAACCUGCGGCGCCACCAGCGCAUCCACUCGGGCGCCAAGCCGUUCCGCUGCGCCGUCUGCGGCCAUCGCUGCAACCAGAGCAUGAACCUGAAGCGCCACAUGCUGCGCCACACGGGCCGCAAGCCGCACGCCUGCGCCCGCUGCGGCUACGCCACCGCCCACUGGGACAACUACAAGCGCCACCAGAGGAAGCACCCCGCGGGUCACCAUGUCACCUCAGACGGCCAGCUGCUGUAAGUCAGAGCCGCUUCUCCGCAAACACCGCAGUGCCUGGACCAGACAGGAAGCCGCUCCCCAACUUCCUGCCUCCCAACAAUACAAACGCUGUCUUACCCUGAUUUUAAAAGCUGCACUCUGUACUGCACUGAUUCAAAUGGACUCAGGUCAGAGGGAAACUCAGGUGUGCUGCUGCACUGACUGCUUGAAAACAGCAUUCAUGUUUCUACACUGAACUUCCUCUAAAUGUUGAUUUUCUGAAGAUGAUUUCUAAUUUUCUGUUUUAAUUCGCUGAUGUAUUUUCUUACUGCGCCGCCUGACUUCCUGUCUGCUGAGGUCAUUUCCUGCCAAAUAGUGAAACGUUAAUCGUCGACAGUGAAAAAUGUUUGGAGCCACUUUCAGCUCAUUAAUAAAUCAACUUUACAAAUUUCAGUUUUAUUCAGUUUGAGCUUGAAAAUGUUAGCAGCUGCUUGGUUCUGUCUAAAUUCUGGAAUAAAAGUUAAAAACCA